AUGCUGUCUGCUAUACAUGCACAGAUCAUAGUCCCCCUGAGUGAUGAGAAGUGGACUAUUAGUAGUCCAGCUUUGAAUCAGACUGUUCCUGGAUAUCUGCCAUCGCAUGUUCACUUGGACUUGCUGAAGGCUGGGGUAAUUGGUGGCUACUAUCGUCUGAAUGAGUUCGAACAACGUUGGGUUGGCGACUCCAAUUGGACAUAUACUAGUGGACCUAUAGAUGGCUUAAAUGAAGGGGCUGAGUCUACAUGGCUCGUGUUUGAUGGUCUAGACACCUAUACCACGGUUUUGCUUUGUGGGAAACAGGUAGCAUCCACGGACAACCAAUUCCGCCAGUACUACUUCGAUGUCUCCGAUAUUUUACGGAAUUGCACGGAUACCCCAGUCCUAAGUCUUAAUUUUGGCAGCGCGCCGGCAAUUGUGGACAAGAUUGCUGAAGGUUACGACUGGAUAGAGUUGCCCUUGUCAUUCAAUUUUGAACUUCCCAAUCGAUGGUACAUGCGCAAAGAGCAGUCAGACUUCGGAUGGGAUUGGGGUCCGGGAUUUGCCCCGGCUGGUCCCUGGAAGCCUGCCUACCUGGUGCAAUUCAACAGCCCGGAGAGAAUAUAUGUCUUGAACACGGACCUGGAUAUCUGUCGGAAGGGUCAGAUCAAUCAUAUGCCACCUGACCAGAACCAGCCCUGGGUGGUGAAUGCUAGCAUUGAUUUCUUGGGUUCUAUUCCUCCUGGCCCGUCAAUGUCGAUUGAGAUUACAGAGGCCGAGACGGGCUUGGUUCUCACAUCAGAAGCCCUUUGCAACGUCACCGUCUCCGAGGGCUCCAUUACUGGCGUCACAGUAUUGGAUGGCGUGCAGCCAAAGCUAUGGUGGCCCCAUGGUCUUGGGUCACAGCCUUUAUACCAGCUCUCUAUCACCAUCUAUGGUGGUAAACAGUCACAAUCUAUUGCCUGCAUUACAAAGCGAGUUGGAUUUCGCACCAUUUUCCUCAACCAGCGCAGCAUCACCGAGGAUCAGAUUUCUCAAGGCAUCGCACCAGGUGGCAACUGGCAUUUCGAGGUAAACGGCCAUGAGUUCUAUGUCAAAGGCUCCAAUUUAAUUCCCCCUGAUGCUUUUUGGCCCCGAGUCACGGAAGAUAAAAUGGCCCGGCUGUUUGAUGCUGCCAUUGAGGCAAACCAGAACAUGCUCCGGAUUUGGUCAUCCGGCAGCUACCUUCCUGACUUCAUGUACGAUCUGGCUGAUGAAAGGGGACUACUUCUCUGGAGUGAAUUUCAAUUCAGCGAUGCCGUAUAUCCUGUUCAUCAAGAGUUUCUCGAUAACGUUGCGGGUGAAGUGGCAUACAACGUUCGACGCGUGAAUCAUCAUCCAUCCUUGGCUUUAUGGUCCGGCGGGAAUGAGAUCGAAGGGUUCAUACUUCUUCUGGUUAACUUUACAAAUCCGAAGGAACAUCCGCGGUAUGUCGGAGAGUACGAGGCGCUGUACAUCAAUCUCAUAAUGCCGCUGGUUUAUGAGAAUAGUCGCUCCAUCUCAUACAUCCCCAGCAGCGCGACAAAUGGCUAUCUCGAUAUCGACUUAUCUGCGUCCAUCCCCAUGGUGGAACGAUACAAUAACACCACUUUUGGGCAUUACUACGGCGAUACGGAAUACUACAGCUACGAUAGUCGCAUUGCAUUCAACUUCUCGGCCUACCCCGUGGGCCGGUUCGCAGUUGAGUUCGGACAUCACAGUAUGCCUAGUCUUCAAACCUGGAAACAGGCUCUCGACCCGUCCGACCUGCACUUCAACAGUAGCGUGGUGAUGCUUCGGAACCACCACUACCCCCCUUCUGACAGAAACACGAGCAACUUCCGUAACUCGUCCAUCGGAAUGGGUGAACUGACCAUGGCUGUGGAACGCUACUACCCCGUCCCCAACAAACGGGACCCCGUCGCGAACUUCAGCGCCUGGUGCCACGCCACCCAGCUAUUUCAGGCGGACAUGGACAAGAGCCAGAUCCAGUUCUAUCGUCGUGGCAGCGGUAUGCCUGAACGGCAGCUCGGUACCCUGUACUGGCAGCUUGAGGACAUCUGGCAGGCACCGACGUGGGCCGGGAUUGAGUACGACGGACGCUGGAAGGUCCUCCAUUAUGUGGCAAGGGACAUAUACAAGCCGAUCAUCGUCUCCCCGUUCUGGAACACCACUUCGGGUGCUCUGGACAUCUACGUCAUCUCUGAUUUGUGGGAACCGGUCACCGGUACUGUUCGUCUCACUUGGCUUAACCUCCGGGGUAACGGUAUUCCUCAGAAUGCUGGCUCACCAACCUCGAUUCCGUUCAAUGUGGGGUCUCUCAACGCGACUAGGAUCUAUAGCACCGAUAUAAGCAGUCUCAAUCUAGCAGAUCCACAGGACUCGAUCCUUCUCAUUUCUCUUGAGUCCAAUGGACAUCUCCCUAAUAUGAAGGAAAGCUCGAGUCUUACCCAUGAGAAUCACUUCACCCCGGUGAUCCCGAAGGAUCUGAAACUAGUGGAUCCGGGCCUUGAGCUUUCACACGAUGCGGUGUCCGGGACUUUCACGGUCCAGGCUACGUCCGGAGUAUCCUUGUAUACUUGGUUGGAUUAUCCGGCCGGCUUGGUAGGAUAUUUCACCGAGAACGCAUUCGUGCUGGCUCCGGGGCAGAAGAAAGAGAUCGAGUUUGUGGUCCAGGUGGAGAGUGGUAGUGACGAUUGGAGGGAUGAUGUUACCGUGCAGAGUCUUUGGAAUCAGACGCUUCAAGAUUGAACAGAAGCCAAGGUAUCAUUUUUGCUCUUAUGUUUAUUCCUGUUCAGAUUGUCUAUUCGGUGGUGGUUGAUCGGGUACAUGUUUGCACCAAAGUCCAGCUAUCCACUACCAUUUGUUAUCAGAGGUUCUCUUCUCAGAUCUUUGCUCUUAAAUUGUUUUGAGGAAUAC